GUCGGGCGCGUGCUGGUGCUACUGGCGCUGUUCUUGGCGUGUCAGCCAGCGAGCAACGCAGACGGCGCGGGCUUUGCUUGGAGCGGGGGCCGUGCCUUUUCCAAGGACGAGCAGCUGCAGGAGAACAAGGAGGCCCCGGCCAAAGAAUCGGAGCUAACAUUCAAGAACUACGAUGAGCAAAUGGUGCGCGAACUGCGAGAAUUGUGCCGGGCGAGAGGCCUCCCCAGCAACGGGACCAAGGCAGAGUUGAAAGCCGCCUUGGCAAAGGAUGAUGAGGAAAGACGACCAGUCGAGGCCAAAGCAGCCUCACGUGCCAACGUCAAGCUCUUGAAGUCCGACGGCACCGAGCUGGACCUGGAUGGUAAGAUGCCACUUGAUGCAGGGAGCAGCUCGAAGAAUCCA